UUAAAAUAAGAUUUUAACCCUAACCUCAACCACACUGCUAACCUUAUGCCUAACUUUAAAUUAAAGACCAAAAAACUAAUUUUUGAUUUCAUGAAUUGUUACUAUAUAGACCAUUUUGACUUUGCGGCUCUGGUAACUAGUAAAACAAGAUGGCUGCGCUCUCGUCCUUGAUGUUCAAGUCCAGAGCAGGUCUUCUGCUCCCUUGCCAGGCCUCUCUCGCGGACUGGGUGCGGUUCGCCUCCAAGAAGGCAGGCGGUAGCAGCAAGAACGUCGGUGGAAAGAGCCCUGGUCGCAGAUAUGGCUUCAAGAAAACCGAUGGGAACUUUGUCCAUGCUGGCAACAUCCUAGCAACACAGAGGCUCAUGAGGUGGCAACCAGGAGCACAUGUGGGGAUUGGAACCAACAACACCCUGUAUGCCCUGGAGGACGGCAUUGUCAGGUUCACGAAGGAGGUGUAUGUUCCAGCCCCACGCAGCUCUGAGACCUUCAAGGUCAUCACCAAGCUGCCCACAGGAACUGUACUCUACAAGACCUUCAUCAACGUAGUGCCCAACAAACAGGAGGGCAAAUUCAAACUGGUUGGCAUGUUCUGAAGACUCAUUCCUAUUCCACUCUGUGUAGGUACAAACCCUACUCUUUCUAUGGACUGGGCAGUUUGGAUUUGAAAAUUUCUGUUCAACCGCAGACUCAUUUGUCGUGAAUGUUGUGGAACUGAGCCAAAGCGUGAUGAGGAUUCUGGAUGUUCCGAGGGAAUUCCUCAAAGCUUCCUGUGUUACCUGUGGUGACCGUUGUCAUCGACCCUGCACUCUGGAAAUGUGACUGGUCGAAAGUUUAUUCAACAGGCACCUUUAUGACUUUUUGUGCUGUAAGAAGACAUACCAAUGUCAUUCCAUCCAAUAAAGUUUUAUAUAUAAUCAUGA